UUAUCCUCUGAAUGAUGCUGCAGAGACUGUUUGUGAAAUUGGAUCGUCAAUUGGACGAUCUAUGGGAGGAACAAGUGGGAUAAUAUAUACAAUUUUUUGUAAGGCAGCAUAUACACAGCUGAAAAAAAUCUCCCACUCUGGUGUCACACCGAAACAAUGGGCUGAAGCACUUGCAGCUUCCAUUGCUGCUGUUAGUAAAUACGGGGGUGCUAGUGCUGGUUAUAGGACAUUGCUGGAUGCCCUUAUUCCAGCAUUGUCUGUUCUUCAAGAGAGAUUAAAUUCUGGUGAUGAUCCUUCCACUGCUUUUGUUCUCUCCUCUGAAGCUGCAUUAGCUGGAGCUGAGUCAACCAAGAACAUGCAAGCACAGGCUGGGCGUUCAACUUAUGUAUCUGGUGAUAUUCUUUCAUCAGUUCCUGACCCUGGUGCAAUGGCUGCGGCCUCAUGGUACAGAGCUGCAGCCUUAGUUGUCAAGGAAAAAAGCAAGAGUUAAGCUAUGCAUAUAUCUUUUCACAGUCUCUUCUUUUUGUGCAGAUUUAGCCACGUUCUGUUCUUGAUUUUGUACUCCUGUAGCUAUUAGAUUUUCCACUCACGCAUUUUCGAUUGCCAAUCACUUUUAUAUAAACCAAAUUUUUUAGUUGUUGUAAAUUUAAGAAUGAAUGACUAAAAUAACAGUAAUAUCUCAUCUCAAUGUGAACUUAUGAU